AUGGAGAAUAAAGACAUUUGUAAGAGUGGUGUCACUGUAUUCACUCCGCCUCCUUCUACGAGUUACCGCUACGUUAUCGAUCUGAAAGAUAACAAAUUGAAAAUUUGGAUGGAAGACUGCUCAUCUAAGAAGCAAUGGUGUAAGGGUGCUAUGCUAAAGGAAGACUACGUGACGUCCGCAAAUACAAUUCCAAAUGCCAGCCCAGCCGACUAUGUCAAGUGCUUUUACGACUGUCUUGACUGCAAUCUGAACAACUCCUGCUCUGUACAAAGAACUUUAACCAAAUUGAUGGGGGACAAAGUACGGUUAGAAUUGACGCUGACGAUCUCAUUUCUUCAAUCCACUUGGGUGGCAAAAUACAGCUUCGAGCUCGAUCCUGUGGAGGUGGACCAAAUUGAUGUGGUAAAGUCGAUGAUGCGCGACCAGAAUGAUGAACUACAACGGCUUCGUAGUGAGCUAGAUGCUGCUAAAGCGGUUCCAUUUAUUAAGCUCGAAGCAGACUGCAUGGAUCAAAACGAUCGAUUACGGUGGAAUAAGGUUGACAGUGCUGAAUUUGAUGUGGAUAAUGAAAAUGGUGUAAUUAAGGCACGAAUUCAGGGUGUUUACAGCAUUAGAGGGGUCAUCAACAGUUCACAUAGCAAUUACAAUCAUUCCGUCAUGAUCUUGAAGAAUGAUGAGUGCAUUCAACGUAGCUACUGCGGAUAUUCCCAGGCACUAUACUUCGUGUCUACACCACUCGACUGCGUCGCGCUGGUGAAGGAGGGCGAUGCGUUGACGAUCACUUGUGAUUGCGCUUCUGUCAGCACGUCAUAUCUCUCAAUCGUGGCUAUUGUUCGCAACUAA